GGCGUUGCAUUGCGGCGGACUUUUUAGUCAGGCAAGUGAGCAAUUAGGCAACGUCAACAAAAUCCGUUUAAACGUAUUGCUAACUACAGUGAAUUAUAAUAAAUACUUAACGCCAGUAUGUAGCUUUUCCGAUGUUUUUAAAGUAUAGGCCUAUGUCAUGAAUGAAUUAUUAGCGAGCUAUUAAACGAACAGUUCCUGGUGUAGUACCGAAAUCUGUGAACUAUCGAAAACUGUGACCAAGGGGUCGCUGUUGUUAUGGCUCGCCAUACUCAGCUAAUAUUCGAGUCCUAACCCUUACCCUAACAUUGGAAAGCCAAUAAAUCUGCGACGGUGGUCACAGUUUUCGAUAGGUCACCGAUGUCUGCACAACAACUUACCUAACUUCUAGUUAGAGCUUUUAGAUUAGCCAGUUAGCCAGGUUCUAUCACUAUAGGUCCUUCUGUGUUAUAAUACAUGUUUGUCUCCCUCUGAACAAAAUCUCUCAUCUGUUUCCCGCUAGUACAGACAAACUGCAGAUCUUCAUACAAUGUAGGACUACUUAAUCGAGCCUAAAACUUGACUGACUCAUUGUCUGCACCUACUUUUGUGUCCACAGUAUAAUCACAUGUUGCAUCUGUUCCACAGAACGUUUGUAGCUAACUAAAGAUACUAAGCACACUUUGAUGGCUGAGUUGAGAUCAACCAUCAUUUCUGCUUUGCCUCAAAGUGAAGCAGAUUUUCCUCUGGAAUUUAGUGACAAAGUGGAGUCCAGUGUUGUGGACUUGCUGAAGCGAUCCAGACAGCAACUAUACAGUGGAACUAAAGGCUUUCUCAGUGGACAAAAUGCUCAGAUCAUUCUGGACUUUACAUGGGAAAAGCUGAACACAGGAACCUGGCGUGAUGUAGCUAAAGAGUGGAGGCAUGUGUACUCAUAUGGCUGUCUGUUUAAAGUCGCAUCCCUAUGCCUUGAGGAUCCAUCUCCUACCAUUAUACAGGAGGCUAUUAGGACCUGCGAUAUGGGCCUACUAAUGGGAUCAGCUAUUCUGGACAAUAUUUUACAACGCUUUGUAAACAUUUUACAAAAUGAAGCAAGGAAGAGACACUUCAUAGAGGAAGAUUUAAGUAAACAGGUUAUUACCAAGAAAAUGAAGUCAGAAUGCCUCUCCAUGCCAUUGGUCAAACCGACAAUGGCCGUUCCAAGGAGACACUGUCCAUCUUUAGAGAGUUUCAAUACAAAUUACCUGCUUCCCCAAGCACCUGUUAUACUAGAAGGGACUAUAGAUCACUGGCCAGCCUUCAAAGAUCAACCUUGGAGUAUCGAGUACCUGCAAACAGUUGCCGGUUGUCGAACUGUACCUGUUGAAGUGGGCUCAAGAUAUACUGAUGAGGAGUGGUCACAGAAGCUUCUUACAGUCAAUCAAUUUAUUGAGCAAUAUAUUCUUGUAAAAGAUGAUGGUAAAGGAUUGGGAUAUCUUGCUCAGCAUCAGUUAUUUGAGCAGGUCCCAGAGUUAAAAAAAGACAUCCGUAUACCUGACUACUGUUCUCUUGGUGAGGGAGAUGAAGAUGACAUCACCAUAAAUGCCUGGUUUGGGCCAGGGGGCACAGUGUCCCCCCUACACCAAGAUCCACAACAGAAUUUCUUGGCUCAGGUGGUUGGAAGAAAGUACAUACGUCUCUACUCACCAGAGCACACAGAUAAGCUCUAUCCUCACGAGUCACCGCUCCUGCACAACACCAGUCAGGUAGACGUUGAGAAUCCAGACAUGAGGCAGUUUCCAGAGUUUUCCAAAACUCCCUAUUUAGAGUGUAUUCUGCAGCCUGGAGAUGUCCUGUUCAUACCUGUCAAGUACUGGCACUAUGUGCGAUCUCUGGAGCUUAGCUUCUCUGUGAGCUUCUGGUGGUCAUGAACCAAAGCAUGAAAAUACAUGAACUUGAAAAUCAACAAAAGGUGUUUAUUGCUUUAUUGUGAAGUAUCUUAUUUUAUUUCAGACGACUGUACAGUGUUGAACUGUGUGCAAUCAAUUGUUCACAUAUCAAAAAUAUAAUAAAAUAGUUUUAUAAA